UCUCGUCAUCAAAACACUCGAGUUUGCACGCAACGUCGUAUGCUAACUUAUGCGACAAGGAAAUAUCCUUUUUAUUAUAUCAUUUUGCCUUUUUGUAAAUAAUAAAAUGGCUGAGUCACUUCGUAGACUUGUCAAGGCUGAGUCUUACUCACUGUUGCAAGAUAAACUUGAAAGAUGGAAUGACAAUUACUUGGUAAACACUUGUGAUCAGAAUGUCAAUCGAUGUUCAGAACUGAUUGAGAUCACAUCUAGACUGCAGGGGGAGCUCUUCACUAUCCUCAACCUGUGUUGUGCAGAAGGGGGCAUGUAUGGAGGAUGCAGCUCUCUAAAGAACCGCUUUUUGCCAUGGUUGGCCCGAGGGUUUGUAGCUUCAAACAGUGCCGUUACCGUGGAUACCAGUCUGUCUAUCAUGGCCGACGCUGCAGAGAAAGAGAGACAGAUGGUGGAGAUGCAGGACAGCUAUGAGAAGCAGUUAGAUGAGGUGGAACAGGACCUUAAUACAUCCAGAGGUGUGGCCUCGGAUCUACAAGCUGAGUUAGAGAGUACAAGGGUAAGACUGGACUCAGAGCGUCGCAUGUCAGAAGGAGAGGCUUUGGUCAGUGAUGAGGUCUCGGUUGGACUAAAAAACAGGGUUGCAGUCCUUGAGGAUGAACUGCGUCUCUACCGUGCUCGGGUAGGCACUGUAGACGAUCAUGAGAUUGAAGUAAGACGUCUCAAGGAUGACCUCGCCGUUCUCAAAGAAGAAAAAUUCAUCCUCACAGGCAGGAGUGAGUACUUGGCCCCCACACCUAGUCUCUCUACCAGCCUCAAGUCUCCACGUAUCUCAGUGAGUGGCGAUGUGGUCCAGCGUAUCCGUCAGGCUAACCUUGUGACCAGAUUCAACGACCUGUUUGCUCAGAGUCGCAUGGAUGCCAUGGAUAUCUUACGCAAUCAUUGCGAUGAUCAUGAGCUCAAUCAAAAGAUUGUUUUCACUUGCUUACAGGAGUGUUUCCAUGCUGCUAAGAUGGCGUUCCGUCGUUACCGUAGCAAGGUCCAGACCCUACUGGCUGAUACACACACUGGACUUGAACCACUGUCAGAAGCCGUCCAAGGCUACAUCAAUAAGAACGGCACCCUGUUGGAUGUACACACUAUAGUAGAGGAUGUAUUGUUGGCAAUGAACCGUCACCCAGCGAUCUCCUUCCCUGCUGAGGUUGAUUUCCGAGUUCUAACUCUCUUCAUCCGUGAGCUGGUCAAGGUUGCCUGGUCAAUGAGUGCUCUUCCUUCUCCUCUGGACAUCAGUGGGGCCAGGGAUGGAGAACUCUUUGAUGACCUCAAAUAUCGUAGAAGCUAUGACUCUGAAUACUCAGCUCCAUUGGUCAGUCACUAUAUCUGGCCAUCCUUAGUGGACGUAGCUGGACGAGUCAUACUGAAAGGUGAAGCGGUCACUCGUAGAGGAGGCUCGCUGGCGUCCCCAAGGCGCAGUCGUAGUCCAUCCAGGCCUAGUAGCCCAUCCAGAGCCAGGUCUCCUAGUCCAAGACGUACCCUAAACGGUUCCUACACUUCAGGUUCUCGUCCAUCCAGCAGUUUGUCCAUGAGGAGCAGCUCUCCACGACCCAGCAGCUCUCUCUCACUCUCGUUCUCCAAUCUUUGACGAGGCACCCUGUACCUUGACAUGCUCCCAGCAGCUCUCUCUCGUUCUCUAAUCUUUGAUGAGACAUCCUGUACCUUGACAUGCUCCCAGCAGCUCUCUCUCUCUCUCCCUCUCACUCUCAAAUAUUUGAUGACACAACCUGUACCUUGACAUGCUCCCAGCAGCUCUUUCUCUCCCUCUCACUCUCAAAUAUUUGAUGAGACACCCUGUACCUUGAUAAACCCUUUCUUACAUUCCUUAAUGGAUUCCGUCCUUUGUAUUUGGUGACUUAACUUUAGAGAGUGACUGCUAUAAUAGCUCUCCUAAUUCCGAUCAGAUUUUUGACUUCAGCUGUGUAAUUUGAUUUAAGAUCUGCAGUGCAUUUUGAAUCGCAAUUGUGU